CCUACCAAACAAUAUAUGUUUUCAUUUAAUAGCAAAAAUAAGAAAAAAUUGUAAUAAUUUUGGGCCCUGUAGCCCGGUAGCCCGCCCGGCCAGUCCGCCCCUGAAGACAAUCACACAACACCUGCACAAAAAUAUCAAGAGACAAAAAGGAUUGGUCUCAUCAAUUCUUUAAAAAGAGCAGGUCCAUUAUUUUGUCAGUAACAGAUUAUUUUCUUUAGUACUUGUCAGUUGAAAUUUCAAUGCAUCGACGAAGAUAUGUUUAAUAACAGCUGUCUUCCCUCCCUGGCAGGUGCAGUGAACCUCAAAAAUGACUAACAAUUUUGUCCAUGAUGUUAAAAAUUACCAAUCUUUCUUUGACCAACCUGAACACAGUGACAUAUUUACCCAUGGAAUAAGAAUUAAGAAUGGAAUAAAGGGCGUGGUCACAAGAAUAUUCAGCUCGCUCCGCUCGCAGGGGGCCUCGUAUUUUGUUUUUGCUGGCCAUGGCUGGAGCUUUCCAAUGCAAUGACUGCACUUAGUUUUUUGCUCAAUUUGCCAUACAGAGGUUCCUCCAAUGCAAAAUAUUUCACCAUGCUGAAAAGGGUAAAGAAAAAGAGUGAACUGAGGUCCACAAUGUCACAGUAGCGCUUUGUUGACUUAUGUUAAAUGGCAACAGAUUUUGAUGUCCUGGGAGUUUUAACUCCAAUAAACUCAUCGAAAAGUUUUCAGCAGUGAAGUAAAAACGAAAGACAUUAGCGGCAUGAACCAAGGGGCGAGGGUAGUUUUAUUUGGAAUGUACUGAAAUGCAAAAUGGAUGCAAGUUUAUUCGUGUCAUAUAGUUUUUAUCUAUCAAACUAUUCAGUAAAUAUUAACCUAGUUGGUUUUUAUUAUGUUUAGCCAGAUACUAUGCACGGGACACAAUUUUUUGUAUUUUUUAAGAGGCCCUAAUCAACUUUGGGCCCAGGGCCCCAACAGAUGUGAAUGCGACCCUGAAUAAAUUUUGAAAUCGAUUGAAGAAUAUCUUUAUAACUCUGCUUCAAAAGUUUCUUGCUCAAGUCAAAAUAUAAUCUUGGUUUUGAAAAAUUAUCAUAAUUUUUCUGAUCAAAUUCAUUUUACCUUUUUAAAGAAUUUUUGUCAUAGAUUUUGCAAAAUAUAGUCUUUUGCCCGCUAAGUCUAUGAUUUUUAAUAUCCAAACUGCUUACAGACUAUGAUUUCACAAUUUUUUGAAGUUGUUCCUAAGUUUGAGUACGUUCCUGCCGCUUUGAGUAUUUUAUUCUUUCAAGUGAAAGCGUGAAAGCUCAAGGGCCUAUACAGCUAUGGAGGGGUUUAUUCUAGGAGGGGGGCAUGUUUGCAAAAGUAUAUUUUUGAAUUGGAGCUUGUUUGAUGGCAGCUUAUACAGAGGUUGGGGUUAAGUCGAGGAUUUGUGGCAGGCGAAUAAAGCCUUGCUUUUGACUCAUUUAUCGGAAUUGAAAAAAUAGUUGAAAAAAGCCAACAUUUUACAUAGAAGCUUUUUUCGCAUGACCUGACACUCCCCCGGACUCUUAUUCUGAAGUUUUAUACUCUGAGGGGUGCCAGACGAAAAAGCUUCUUAGUAUGUUGUAAAAUGUUUGCUCUUUUUGAUACCAUUUUCAAAUUUUGUACCGCCAAACCUUUAAAGUUGAAUCAAUAAUAGAUUAUUUAAAAUUAUCGAUUUACCCAGAACUUCGACUAUUCUUAUGGGGGCUAUGGAGUGCCACGCCCACCAAAACCAUUUAACGAAGUUCAAUUUGAAGCGAUGCACCUCACUGAGUUGAAGUCUCUUUGAUCAAUAUCAAGAUACGUUUUGUUUACAUUGUAUUUUAAUUCUGUUGUCGUCUGCGAUUGUCACCUAGCAACAGGCAAAGAGGUUGUCGUUGUCUUUCUUGUUUUUGUUUGAAUCCUGGAAACAAUAAGAUUUGAGAGUGCGCCCCCCUUUGCACAUGAUAAAUUAUUUCAGCAACAGGAACAACCCCCGAUACACGUUAGUGCUCUGCACAGAGAAAGUGCUUGUAACUCGAGGUAAAGCAACGAAGUGUCGUAAACACUGCAUGCAUAUAAAUAACAAUUAUUUAAAGUUUUGUGGACGGUUUAAACGGCUGCGUUCCGAAAGGCCGUCUAUUGUUUAUUGUCCAUCGCCAAAAUAGCGUUUUAAGCAUCUUUGGAAAUUGAAAUGGCUGACCUAGUUGGUGUUUGGGAAGUUAGUUUAUCUGAUGGAAUCCACACGAUCAAGUUUGAGCAUGGAACAACGACUGGCAAAAGAGUAAUAACAGUGGAUGAUAGGGAAGUUUUGAGACGAAACUGGAUGUUUAAAUUGGUAGGAAAAGAACAUUUUAAAAUUGGCAAGACCAAUGCUUAUGUAUCGAUAGAAGCAGUCAGUGGAUUUGCUUAUGAAUAUACCAUGUUUGUUGAUAACAAGCCUCUUAAGAAAUUCGUCGAGGAUCGUAAAAGAACUGCAAGGGUUUGGACUCUGAUACUAGAUGGUGUAGAAACGCGCAUAGUUCUGGAGAAAGACACAAUGGAUGUUUGGGUGAAUGGUGAAGUGCUAGAAACAGCUGGUGAGUUUGCAGAUGAAGGAACAGAAACACACUUCAGUAUCAGAGGCCAUGCAUGCUAUAUAAAGGCAGUAAGCUCUGGCAAAAGAAGAGAGGGAAUUAUUCAUACAUUAUUUGUAGAAGGACAAGAACUACCAGAGAGUAUGGAGUGAUGGGUCUAUGUGUGGUCUAUCAUGGGCACAAUAGUGCCAUUCGGAUGUGUAUAUUUUUUAUUGUAGUGUGAAGACUAAAUAGUGUGAAACAUUUUAAUUUGGUCUAAUCCUGAUAGUUAUGCUUUAGCAUAGAAUUGCUGAUAAUAGAAAACAUAAAUUGAGAUAUGUGAAAAUAAAAAUCUUGCCUUAAGCUGUUUUUAAAUAUUGCCUCAGGGUUUAAACUAAUGAGGUGGUAAUUUUUAAAUGUUGAACUAAUGUUUAGUUUAUUACAAUCAAGCUGUAAUAUAAACUACAUUGGGAGCAAAACAUAGUUAAGAAAUGUGGGAUAUGAAUACUAAGUACAUGUUGAAAAAUGUUGUAGAAUAUCAUUGGUGUUCACUUGAUACUUUUGAAUUUUUAGAGACGAUUCUAAGGGGAUAACCCAUGGUGGGUUAAAGUCAAAAUAAUUCUAUUUUAAUGAAUUUCUCAUUCACUGUUUAUCCCUGAAAGUUUAGAAUGAGACAGGUGGUUUUGAAGGGCUAAGUUGUACCUACAGUAUAUUUUUCAUGAUCAGUUGCUAAGCAAUUUGUUGCUUUCCCUACACAUCUGGGUUUGCUUAAACUGGCAUUGUUAAAUUAUUGAAUUUCAUUCCAUUAAUCCUUUCACCAUCUUUCAAUACACACUAAUAGGGUCAUUGCUACAGUGAGGCUUGGGUGGUGUGACACUCCCCUUGAACAAAAAAUAUCUGUUACAAAAGCAAGGAGUUUUUCUAUUUGCAAAAACAAUGAGUUUUUGCUGUUGCUAAAACAAGGAGUUUUUGCUGUUGCAACAACAAGGUGUUUUUGCCAUGUGAGGAAGCUUUGUUGGGAGAUUUUCAGACUUGUAUGCAAAUGAAGGGUGGUGCACUCACUUGGUUGGCAAAUAGUACAUGAGCACCCCUCCCCCUGGGGCACAAUAUCUAGCAACAGGCCUGCUCACAAAACUACUUUUUAUCUGACAAGUGUUUAUUUAGCAACUUUAUUUUGAGGGCUAGCUCCCCCUUGUUUUUACAUAUUCCAAAUGUAAAAUGGCUGUAAAGCAAGUGUUUUGUGGUAAACAGAACUUUUGGAAAUGAACAAAUGUUUACAAAAUGAAUUUGAUUGUUUUGCUCUCAUUUUUAUGUUCUUUUCUGACUGCCUGUUUGUCAUAAUCAAGCCUGGUUCUCAAAAAAGGGCCUCAAUCUUACUUAAGGCAGUAGUUGAUAUAUAUAACAUCUUCCUACGAAGAAGCAAAAGUUUCCACAAAAAACCCCCAAGCAAUGGUUGAUGUGAAAAGGAAUUUUCUUCACUAACCACAACAGCAAACAAAUAUUUUGAAUGAUAUUGUAGACAUCUUAUUAACACUAGAAGAUUGUCUCUAAUUUUGUGAUCUGGGAAAUAAUCCUAUUUCUCUUCCAUUUAAUUUUGAGAUCGAGAGGGCCUAGAGCCACGUAUUAGAUGUUUUUGCAAGAAAAAAUGGUCGAAUAAAUAAGCUUUUGAAUAAAAAAGCCAAAUCAUAACAACAAAGCAAUUUCAUUUCACGAAUGAAACAAUUUUCAUCAGGUUUGAGAAAUCAGUUUCAUCUAUUAGUUCUAGAUUUUAUCUAGUGGAUGCCUUUUUUGAUAUUAUCAAACGGAGAAAACGUUAUUUGAAAAUUUCUUCUGAUUGUUUUCAGAAAGCAAAACAAAAGCCAAACAGCACUCCAGCUAAUGUAAACUCAUACAAUAUAUAUAUCAAAAGUUCCGAAAAACCUUUGACAGUAAUGGAAAUUGUUACUGCAUAGCGGGAAAUUUAAUUUCGGAUAACGUUUUAUGAUAUUGAUCUGGUCUCGUGCUGGUACCGCUGAAGAAUUUAAAGUACGUUGUUUUGUAUUCCGAAUUCCAGCAUAAAGGUUAGCAAAAACAAUUUAGGUUUUCAAACACACGAAAAACUGUAAAAGGUCGCGCUCGCCCUUAAGUGUCUGUGGAUCUCGGAGAGAAUCACAUGACAAUUAGAACAUUAAAAUUAAUGUCAGCAUAAACAAGAAAAAUGCUUGUUGAAAAACAGUUUGUAACAACAUUGGUAAACAACAAGAGCCUAUCAAACUAAUACAAAGUUGCUCAAGGUAGAUCGUCAUCAAAAUAAUCGAUUGAAAAUGUUUCUUUCGUCUUGAGAUCGUCAUUUUUCUUUGGGAUCCUGUUGAGCAAGAAAAAAAAAUCAGUCAAAGAGUGAAAGUUUAAAAGACAGAAACGGUCUAGCAAUUGAUAGCCUUUCUGAAUUUUGGAAGAUCAUUUGAAGAAAAGAAGCAAAAUGAGGUCAAAUCAAAGUUGAUUUGAGCCAGUAUAGGAAAAAGGGCGAACAUUUGGUACAAAUAAAGAGGAAAAAACUGACGGCACUGGCAGUUCAAAGCCGUGAAAUUGCCGAUAUAAAAUGGAAAGUGCAGCAAUAUUUCUGCAGUUAUUAAUUUAGCCCUUGAAUACUUAUGUGUCAGAUGAUAGCAAUAGAUAGUUUAGGAAACUGAAAAGACAUUCCCUUUCUGUGGCAUCGUAUUCUCCGUAAUAUGCGGGAUUCGUAACCGAAACGUUGGAUCAAUUUCAUCAUGGUUAAAAAACUACUGCAGGAUUAGUAACAAAAUGUGAAAAGUUGAAAGGAGUUAGUCAAGAAAAUGGAGCUUUCAAUUCGAGCGUUCUGAGUGAAGCUUUUGCGUUUUAUUCUCUCAAAAAUCAACAGUCUCCUAAAACAACAUCUGUUUUAAAAUGUUUACGAAAUUGAAUAAUUUAUUGUGAGAUCAAUCGUAGUAUUGAAGUUAUAUUGCAAGAAUUGCCGUCGUUGUGAAAGAGGCAUUUACUUUGAGUACACAAAUCGUCUUCUUCGCUCAAACCAGCAUUUACCUAUGGGUUCAGCUCUAGAGAGUGCCUUAAUAAGCAAUUUCUUGACGUUUCUAUGGUCUUGACAUUCUCAAGGAAAAGUGCAGGAUGAACUCACCCCUGAAAAUUCAAUGGCUUUUCAGCAAAAUUCAGAACAGGGCUGGGCAUCGGCUUAUUCACCCUGCGCUCAACAACAGUUGAUAACUUUGGAUUUAUCAAAGAAGACUCUCUGCGAAUAGAAAAUUUAUCAGCUAGAUCGAAACCUGCAGCAAUGGGCUCGCAGACAUUUGAAAAAAACGUCAAUCUGACGAAAUUACAUGCAAAACAAGAUAAGAAGAAGUGUUUCAAAUUUCAGUGCAUCGAUAAGAUAACAAAUUCUAAUUGAAGAUUGAGAGAUAACGGCCAGGACAACUUGUGGCCGUGAGUACAAGACAACAUACAAAGCAAAAGAUAGGACAUCCUUGUGGCGUAGGCUUGUUGAAAAGACGACUGCAAGUGACAUUUGUAAUGAGGUCACCACAAGAGAACACUCACCAGAUUUCCCUUGCAAUAGAACACUCACAAUUUAGAGUAAAUUUUAAUUUCGCAGUGGUGGUAGUAAAAACGGCGCAACCAACAAACGCUACAGUGAACUGUCAAGCAAAGUCCUUAAACUCUCAAAAUUAAAAAAAACAUUUUUCAUUAUUUUUCAAAUUGAACAGUAUAAAUUAAAAAGACAUUAAAAAUAGUCAUCGAUAUGAAGAAAGAACUUAAUUAUAUCCAAGUAUAGGCAAAGGUUUUUCUCCUAUCAAAUCAGUUGAAUUUGGUUUUGAUUCUAAAAUGUACGAUUCAAGCUAACAGUGACCUUUUUAGUACCGUUGGUGCUUUUUAGUGAGAACGUAUCAGACAUUUUUAACAGAUUUAACUGAUACUCUUCAUCUAGGGAUAUCUUUCGUGUUCUUUUAGGUUGUAUUACCCAAGUUCCAGAAUCCUGAAAAUUGUCUUGCUUUCUCUCCAUCACAACUUUGUUCUCGGGGGGAUAGAAAAAAGAUCUCAAGAGGUGGAGAUUGCAAUUUAACAUGCAUAUCGCAUAAGUUAUUCUCACAAAGCCACAUGCAUCAUAAUUUUGCAGCACGUUGCUUGCGCUGAUUAAUUCCUCUUGGCCCUACAAGGAUCAUAACAAAAUACAACGGCAUCCACGACCUCGCAACCCACUUGCGUUUCUACAUAUCCUGCAACCUUCCCCCACUGUUGCUACACUCCUAUCCAGCAAUCCCAUUUUCAACAAUCCUUCCCAGAACAACCAAAGUCAUUCUUGCUUGAUAUAAAUACCUUGUAGCAGUGAGCACUGUAUUCCGUUUAGGCUCUUGAUCAUAGCUGGCUGUCCUGCAAUUGUAGAGUCCUGCUAACUCGUGAAUAAGUUUUCUUUGACUGUUGUUCAUUGGCGGGAAUGAGUGGCUAAUUUGUGAAAGAGAGCUCUACAAGGCAACACCGAUUUUGCUUUAAGGAAACUCAAAUUGGUACAAAAUGCUUUAUAAUAGCCAUUCCAAUCAUGGAGCAAUUGAAAAAUACAAUAUGACCCUAACAACAUGUCCCAGGGUUGCAGUAAAAUAAAAAUCGAUAAGGCUU